AUGACGACUGCUACCGUCACUUAUCACGAGUUGCCUAAUUGGGAGACAACGUCAUCAUCAUUACUCCCUCGCGUUCCUACAAUGACGUCGACAGCUUCUACAUUUCAUUCGAAUUUAUAUCAAAAUCCUUACGAUGAUGAUAAAUGGGUUAUGUAUCGAAAUUCGCUUGCACCUAAUGUCUCAACAUCACCAGCUUUGACUGCUGCUGUUGCAUCAUCAUCUGCCCUUCCAACUACUUUCAAUUCUAGUCAAAUUCCCAUUAAACGUGUAAAUAAGAGUCGUAAUCGUCCGUUCACUGUAUCAUGUGAAGAGCUAUGUCUGGUGUGUGGAGAUAAAGCUUCUGGAUAUCAUUAUAAUGCUUUAACAUGUGAAGGAUGCAAAGGCUUCUUUCGACGAUCCAUCACUCGUAAAGCCACCUACUAUUGUAAAUUUGGACAAAAUUGUGAAAUUGACAUGUAUAUGAGAAGGAAAUGCCAGCAUUGUCGACUUCAGAAGUGCUCCAAGAUAGGAAUGAGAGCUGAAUUAGUUAUUCCGGAAGAACAAUGCCGGAUAAAGCGAGAAGCUAAAUUACGACAACGAUCGAUAAAAGCUUCUUCGUCAUCCAUAAAAUCAGAAGAAAGCAUUGAAGCACCUGACACGCCAUCUACUGUCACAUCGGAAAUGCCUAUCGAAACUCAAGAACUGAUCUCACGACUUACUUCAAUAUCAAAAGAAUUCUUAAUGCCUUCAGAUGAAGCUAUGACGUCAUUAUCGAUGAAUUGCUCUUCAAGCCAAGUCACGCUGUUUCAGCACCUGGCUGAGCUGACAAUUCUAGAAGCUCAAUUAGCUCACGAAUUCAUACGUCAUCUACCUGGCUUCUCCCGCCUGGAGGAAGAAGAUAGACGAUCUAUCCAGAAGUCAAGUAAAUCAGAUCUAUUCCUCUUACGAGCAGUUCAACGCUACGACUCAUCAUCAGAUGAGAUUGUGUACGGCAAUGAAACAUACAAAUACAGAAUGUCAGAGUCAGAUUACUCACAAGCUGGUCUUCAUAAAUCAUUGAGUAUUUUCAAUUUUAUCCGUUCGUUAGCUAAGCUAUCGCCUGACACUACGGAACUGGCCCUUCUGCAAGCCAUUGUCAUAUUUUCAGAACGUGACAUAUUCAAGAAGAAGUCUCAGAUUGAUGAAAUUCAAGAGAUCUACACGUUAGCCCUACAACAGUACAUAGAAUCAAAUCGUCCAGCGAAUCAGAAGACGUUGUACGCCAAAUACAUUGUGAAACUGGCAGAUUUGAAAAAAAUUAACCAUACGGUUAACUCAUCAUCGUCAUCAUCUACAACUCCAACAGCUACCUCGCCUAUGUCGUUGCCACUCACUACAUCAGAUAACUAUGAAUGGAAAGAGUUAUAA